AUGUCGCGGUUUGGGGUAUUCAUCAUAGGAGUUCUCUUUGUUAUGUCAAUAUGCGAUGUGCUAAAAUACGUUUCAGCUGAAGAACAUCCGCACAACGAGGACCAUGCACAUGAGAAAGAUGACUUUGAAGCAGAAUUUGGAGAUGAAGACGCAGGAAACAGCUUCAGCCAAGGAACCGAAGAAGACCAUAUCGAAGUGCGUGAACAAUCGUCAUUUGUGAAACCAACAGCCGUCCACCAUGCCAAGGACCUUCCAACAUUGAGAGUAUUCUAUUGCGUUUCAUGCGGAUAUAAGCAAGCUUUCGACCAAUUCACAACUUUCGCCAAGGAAAAGUAUCCAAAUAUGGAGGUCGAGGGAGCCAACUUUGCUCCAGUUCUCUGGAAGGCCUAUGCUGCUCAGGCAGUCAGUUUCAUCAAAUUGGCUCUUCUUGUAAUUGUACUGACCGGAUCCAACCCAUUCGAAAGACUUGGCUAUGGUUACCCUGGAUUCCUACAACACGCCCACGGAAACAAAAUGUCUUCUUGCAUGCUCCUCUUCAUGCUCGGCAACCUCGUUGAACAAAGUCUCAUCUCGACCGGUGCUUUCGAGGUCUACCUUGGAAACGAACAAAUCUGGAGUAAAAUCGAAUCGGGACGUGUUCCAUCGCCUCAAGAAUUUAUGCAAUUGAUCGAUGCUCAACUUGCUGUUCUAGGAAAAGCUCCAGUCAACAGUGAAUCUUUUGGAGAAUUCCAACAAACGAUUCAAUAA